AUCCCCCGGGUUGCUAUGGUGGCGCAGCAGCGAGGAAAGGCCUCCGCGGCGUUGUGGGGCGCUGUGAGCAAAGCCGAGGGACGCCACAAAGGUUAAGCGUGUGUGCACGGCUUGCUUUUCUGCAGGCUUUAAAAAAAAAUAUUUAAAUUAUUAUUAUGAGAAAGAGCGAGCAGUGGUGGGAGCGGCACUGAAAGCGCAGCGGAUUCGGGGUGGCCGCCGGCGCCGGGUCAAGCAGCGGCUGGGGAACCCGCCGCCGGGCCCAGGGCGGCGACUCCGUCCCCCUCAUGAGGAACAGGAAGGCUUGAGGCCGACAUGUCCGACAACGGCUUCGAUCGGGCUCCCGGCGCGGGCCGGGGCCGAGGAGGCGGCGGCGCUUUGGCUCCUGAGAGCGGGGCCCGCUCGGGGAUGGGCGGUGGAAGCGGCGGGGGCCUCGCGGCUCCGGAGCAGCUCCUCAAGCAGGGCUCCUUCGCCUGCCAUCAAGAGCCGCUUCGGCCGCCCAAGACGGCGCCUCCGGGAGCCAACGUCGCCUCAGAACAGGCAAGAACUACAUCUUUACCAGAAAAAAAUUGUUCAGGAUCAGCAAUGGCUAAACCUCAGGUGGUUGUGGCUCCAGUGGUAAUGUCAAAGCUGUCAGUGAAUGCACCUGAAUUUUAUCCCUCAGGAUAUACUCCUAAUCUUACUGAAUCUGCUCUUGAAGAUGGGUGUGAUGGAUAUCCCACUCUAACAGAAUACGUGCAGGAUUUUCUAAACCACCUUGCUGAACAACCAGCUUGUUUUGAAACUGAAAUAGCACAUUUUUCAGAAACGCUAAAUGGUUGCGUCACUACGGACGAAGCAUUACAAGAGCUUGUUAAACUCAUUUACCAACAGGCUACAUCUGUCCCAAAUUUUUCCUACAUGGGGGCAAGGUUGUGCAAUUAUCUUUCUCAUCAUCUCACCAUUACUCCACAAAGUGGCAACUUUAGACAAUUACUGCUGCGCAGGUGUCGAACAGAGUUCGAAAAUAGAGAAGAAGCAGCUAAAGGAGAUGAUGCUGCCCGGAAAAGAUUUCAUGCAUUUGUGCUAUUUUUAGCUGAACUUUAUCUAAAUCUGGAGAUUAAAGGAACUAAAGGUCAAGUAACCCGAGCAGAGAUUCUUCAGACUGGACUGCAUGAGUUAUUAAACACACUGUUUGCCAAUCCUCUGGACAGCAAUUUGAUCUGUGCAGUAAAGCUACUGAAAUUGACAGGGUCGGUGCUGGAAGAUGCAUGGAAAGAAAAAGGAAAGACUUACAUGGAUGACAUAAUACAGAACAUUGAAAAUGUUGUCUUGGAUGCAAGUUGCAGCAGAGAUGUUAAGCAGAUGCUUCUGAAACUAGUAGAACUGCGGUCAAGUAACUGGGGAAGAGUACAUAUAACUUCAACAUAUAGGGAAGCAACUCCAGAAAAUGAUCCUAACUACUUUAUGAACGAGCCAACAUUUUACACAUCUGAAGGUGUGCCUUUCACUGCAGCGGACCCCGACUAUCAAGAGAAGUAUCAAGAACUCCUUGAAAGACAAGAUUUGUUCCAAGACCAUGAAGAAAAUGGAACAGACUUAUCAGGAGCUGAAGAUCCGUAUUUGGAUGAUGAUGAUGAUGAUGAUGAUGAUGAUGAAAUGGAUCCAGAAAUUGAAGAAGCUUAUGAAAAAUUUUGCUUAGAAUCAGAACGCAAGAGGAAACAGUGAGGUGCUGCACAAUAAUAUUAUUUAAAACGAAAACAAAAAAACCAUAGGUAUGAAUAGCAAGUAGAAGGAAUGGAAAAUCUUUACUGUCCAUACCAAACAAAGGAAAUGAAGUUUCUCCAAGUAUGCAAGUUAUGCAAUUUCCAUUUUGUUAAACAAUCUGCCAAAAAAUUGUAAACUUAAACCCUGUAACUUAAACAAUGUGUAUAUAUCAUAGUUUAUUUUAUGUACAGUUUUGACUGGAACGGGCUUUAUUUGAAACAUGUCAACAUUAGUCUACAAAUUUGAGAGUUGACAAAUUAAAAAGCUACAUUGCUUUUGAAAGUAAAAGUCCCUUGAAUCAUAUAAUACAUUUUGACUUGUAUUUUGCCUCUUUUUGUAUAGGACAUAGCUGCUGUUCCAUAUUUUUAGGUUAACAAAACAGGCAGUUGAUCCUUUUAAUGUAUCACAAUCAUGUGCACUCUGCCCUGCCCUGCCCAAGAAAUUUUUUUAAAAACUACAAACAAGAACUGUUUUUCAAAUAGCUAGAUAAAACUGUUGGACAUUUUAGAUUUCAUGGAGGUUCUCUUCAGCUUGAACAAACUGAUUCAAUUCACUUGUCAGUUUAGUGAUUGGAAAUAUGCGAUGGACCCAUGUGCUCGCCUCCCGAAUCACACACUUGUUUCUUGAUUUCAUAGCCAGUUUGCCAUGAUGUCCAAAUUGAGGAGCUAUGGUUAGCACUAAAGAGGAUUUCUUCCAAAUCCAUAGUUGCAAACUCACUUUACUGGAGAGUCGGGGAGAAUGCAAGCCCACGGCGGCCAUAGUUUGGAGGACAGGGAAUAUGCUUCCUUUGCUGAGCCACUCCUUUCUCUCUCUUUUGUAUUCUUCAAAGAAAUAAACUACUUUUAGUUCCACUAGUUACACAAUAGUAUAUGUAGCUUUGAAAUGCAAUACUAAGAAUUAGCUGUUUUUGUCCUUCAGUUGGUAAUUUAUACAAGCGAUUGUAUAUUGUACCUAGAGUGAAGCUGUUCUUAUAUUGCAAAAAAAUUUAACCAAUUCUACAUAUUUCCAGUGGGUAUUGUCUGUUCCCUUUAAUCAUCUAUUUUGUCUCUGUAAAUUUUGCCCAGGAGACUUAUAAUUUUUUUCUCAUUUUAUAUUAAAUAGUUUAGAGCUUUUCCUAACACCAAAUGUAUGUAUUGAAUUCCCCAAGAAGUAGAUAAAAUAACUUAUGUAAAGACAACACAGGUUGUAAAUAUGCAUGUAAAUAGUGCUGUUUAAUAUUGCACUGUUAUAACUUGGUACAAUUUGUGUCUGUUAAUGCAAUUAGUAUCCACUUACAUUUUUUGGCUGAUCAUUUGUUUAGUUUUAGUUAACUCCAGGUUUUGGAAAAUAAACUGCUUUGUUUUGUUGGGUA